GCAAAAAACAAACCCUAAUCCUCAAAUCCCCAUUCCCUGACAUCCAUUUUCCAUUCGCAGAGAAGGGAAGAGAAGAGAGAGACAGAGAUGUCGCACUUCGGGAGAACCGGUCCACCGGACAUCACCGACACCUACUCUCUCCUUGUCCUCAACGUCACUUUCCGGACGACCGCCGAUGAUCUCUUCCCGCUCUUUGACAAGUACGGCAAGGUCGUGGACAUCUUCAUUCCUAGAGAUCGAAGGACUGGUGACUCACGAGGGUUUGCAUUUGUUCGGUACAAGUAUGCAGAUGAAGCACAGAUGGCAGUGGAUAGGCUAGACGGGACACUUGUUGAUGGUAGAGAGAUUGCUGUUCAGUUUGCAAAGUAUGGGCCGAAUGCUGAACGGAUUCACAAAGGAAGGAUAAUUGAAAAGGUUCCGAGGAGCAGAGGCAGGUCAAGAAGCCGUAGCCCCCGCCCAAGGUACCGUGAUGAUUAUUAUGGAGGCAGGGAUUACCGAAGGAGAAGCCGUAGUAGAAGUGGGGAUAGGUAUGAUCGUGACAGGUACCAUGGGAGGGAACGUGGUUAUCGGUAUCGCAGCAGGAGCCGUAGCAUAAGUCCAGACUAUGAUAGAGGCCAUCGUGGUCGGGGACGCUAUGAGGAUGAGCGGCAGAGGUGUAGGAGCCGAUCAGUUGAAAGUACCUCUCCGCCUCGGCGUAGUCCCAGCCCGCGACGAAGUGUGUCCAUGCGAAGGACACCAUCUUCUGGGGGUGAAAGUCCUGAUAGACGAAGCCACCAUGAUCGGUCUCCAACACCUCGGAGCCUAUCAACACGGGAUCAACUUGUUGAUUCUCGUAGUGCUUCUCCUAGGAAUUCAAUUGAUGAGUGAUUGUUGCAACAUGUUUAAGUUGCGGAGGGGACAAGAAGGAAGUGCAUCCCUUGUGACCAUCUUGUUGAUUUUGUCGGAGCCUCGAUUGUCAUGCAUGUUCUAGACAGUCUUUAGUGCUAGUUUGGUAGGAUUGGACUUCCUAAUUUUCUGUUGUUUCAAUAUGGAACUUACUGCACACUUCAAUAGUCGGUCCAGUUGGAUGUUUUGUUGUGGACUACAUUCUCUCAAAACUAGUUUUUUUUUCUGGGAAUCCGGGAUAGUAGUUUUCAAGUUGCUGUAGAAAAAUGUUCUGUAGGUUUCAUUUUUGGGGUAGGCUUUGCUCUUUUGUGCUCUUGAUCCAUUUCUUUUCCUCCCAAUUUCUGCUCAUAUUCACAUUCUAUAAGCAUGCAUCCCCCCCCCCCCCCCCCC